CCGUCUUUACAUGGCAAUGGCACUGGCAAUGGUGUCACGAGUCCACAUACUUACUCGCACUGCGGCCACUAUCACCCCUCGAGAUCUGAACAACAAUGGCCGACAAAAACGAAGAUUGGAACACAGUUCUAUGGCGGCCCGACAACUCAGACGAAUGGAACAAGCCCGAGCUCGAUCCUGAACCCAAAGUAUGGAACAUGGAAUACCUUACAACGAUCUCCGACACGAUCUCACGCCGAUCUGGCGACCUUCGCGAGCUCUCCAUGGCUGUUCACUCUAAUCCAGAACUGGGAUAUGCUGAAUACAAAACCCACGAUAUACUUGUCAACUUUAUGAGGAAGCAGGAGGGAUGGAAAGUGACACCAAACUACGAGCUGCCCACUGCGUGGCUUGCGACGUAUGAGAGUCCCGAGGCAAAAGAGGACACCAGAGUCAUUGGAAUCAACUCCGAAAUGGACGCUCUCCCAAAGAUUGGGCAUGCUUGUGGACACAAUCUGAUUGCGAUUACAGGCGUUGCUGUCGCACUAGGAGUCAAAGCUGUCUUGGAAAAAUUCGGUCUUCCUGGUAAAAUCGCUUUACUGGGCACACCAGCUGAAGAGGGCGGUCACGGAAAAGUCAAGUUGUUGAAAGCAGGGGCUUACAAGACCAUGGCCGCUUGUCUGAUGGCACAUCCAGCUCCCGGUCCCAGACACACUUUGUCCCUCACCAGCUGUUUGGCACUGAAGAAAAUUGAAGCAGAGUUCUUUGGUCACACUGCUCACGCCGCUUUGUCUCCCUGGGAAGGCAAAAAUGCCCUUGAUGCAGCUGUCCUUGCAUACACCAGCAUUGCCGCUCUCCGCCAACAAAUGCACCCUACAUGGAGGGUACACGGUAUCUUCGAGGGGAAAGAUUGGGCUGUAAAUGUCAUACCGGCCUAUGCCAAAUUUAUUGUGGGGGUGCGUGCUUCCACUCGUGCUGAACAGGAAAUUGCGAUGAAGAAAGUCCUGCCUUGCUUUGAAGCAGCCGCAUCAGCCACCGGAUGCACGGUCAAGCUCACGAUUGACGAGGGAACCUUCGAUUUGCGGCAGAACGUAGGACUAGGUCAAGAUGUCGAAAGAACGUUCAAGACAAAGUUUGGAAGAGUCGAGCGAGAACGAUGGGGGAUCAAGAGUGCAAGUACGGACUUUGGAAAUAUCGGAUACGAGCUCCCGGCUUUACAUCCUGGAUACGCCAUCCCCACUGUUCCGGACGGUGGAAACCACACACCCCUUUUCACUUCUGCAGCUGCUACGGAUGCGGCGCAUCGUGCGACAUUGGACGUAGCUGAGGCGCUUGCCCUGACCGGAGUGAGAGUAGUGCUCGACGAUGAUUGGUACAAUAAGGAAGUGCUGGAGAAAUUCGAAGAAGAUAAAGUACGGAGAAGCCAAGGGGUGCUCGGAAUUGCCUAAACAGAUGGAUAUUAACAAAAAUAGGAUGUACAUAUGUGUAGGAUAAGCAGGUAGUCGAACCGAUUGGGACAGUUGGCUGUACC